CUUCUUUCGCUUCGCAUCUCAUUUUGCAAAUUCAUCUUUCUCCAGCUAAGUUUGUUUUCUCUCUCUCGCUUUUUCCUUCGUUGCUUUUUGAUUAGCCUUUCUUUCUUUCUUUGUUUUAAUUUUUAUUUUUUAAAGUUGUAUAGAUAUUUGGUCUAUCUUCUGAAAAAUCUUAAUCUAGGGUUUCGAAUUGGGGUUUUUUUGACUCCUUUCUCUAGAUCUAUCAAUUUGUAUUGUUCUUCUGGGUUUUGAGUCAUAUUCGGGGGAUUCGUAGGCUACGCCAAUGAAUUUAGAUUUUCUAUGACGUUGUCUUCCCUCAUGCGGCGAAUCCGUUUGCUUCACUCGUUCUCAGUUGUCUUUCUCUACUGGUUCUACGUGUUUUCAUGAACUAAUCGUCAUCAUCAUCAUUAUAAUCAAAUUUCGUAUACAGUUAAUCAAUUUCCAUUAUUUUUUUCGUUUCCUGCUUAAUUUUGAAUUUCGAUCCCCAAUUUUCCUAAUCCAAUUCUUAAGCCUCUAAUUAAAAAAAAAACCCCCACAAAUGUCAUCGAUUCAACGCCAGGCGAGCUCCGGCUCCGACGGGUCAGCGACGGUGGUCGACGAGCGAAAGAGGAAGCGGAUGCUUUCGAACCGCGAAUCGGCCCGGCGUUCCCGAAUGAGGAAGCAGAAGCAAUUGGAGGAUCUUACUGGCGAAACUGGUCGAUUGCAGAUGGCGAUUAACCAGAUUCAGCAGAGCAUCAAUGCGAAAGAGCAGGCUUACAUUCAGGUCGAGUCUGCCAACAACGUGUUGAGGGCUCUAGCCAUGGAACUCACUGAUCGCCUUCGUUCUCUCAACUCUGUUCUCCAGAUCGUCGAAGAUGUCAGCGGCCUCUCUGUCGAUAUCCCCGAGAUACCUGAUCCUCUCAUGAAGCCAUGGCAGCUCGCCUACCCCGUACAGCCCAUCACGGCCUCCGCAGACAUGUUUCUCAACUGAAGAACGUGUGUCGAUUGAUCAUAUAAUCCAUGUCGUUUUGCUUUGGUGUAAUGUAAUCUAAUGUGUCAAUGUGGUGAUUUUAGAGUCGUUUUGGUUUGGUGUAAUGUAAUCUAAUGUGUCAAUGUGGUGAUUUUAGAGUCUUUUUGGUGUUUUAGGAAUUGUCGUUUUCGUGUUUAGCUUAUUAGCGUUUCAAUAAAUUAGUGUCGUUUUGAUUAUUGAUGUCUGGGUUGUACAAUGUUGUAUCAUUCGCUUAUAAAAAUUAUGGGAUGUUUGUGCUUCA